AUGGUUCAGCAUACCAUAGAUUCUAAAACCAAUGAAUAUGGGCUUGGAACUACUGAAGCCGAGUCAUCUAUUCAUGAUAAGCAGUUAUCAGCUCCUGUAAAGAAUACAGUUUUAAGAGAUGUACAAAAUGACAAUAAAAUUGCAGUGCCCAGCUCUGCCGCGAGCUCUUCUCCAUCAAAGGAUAAGAUACCUAAUACUGCCCCUAGAGUUUCUGGCAUCAAAAGACCUUUAUCUGAGUGCCAGACGAUCCCUUCUGAACAGCAACCCCCCAGUAGUAGUUCUGGAAAUGGGCCUCUUGUCUAUGUUCGUAGGAAAUCAGAAGCUGACACAGUCAGAAGUAGCACUAAUGAUAAUGCAAGCAUUAUUGCUGGUGGUCAAGUGUCGAGGAAACUUAGCAACCAAGAGGCAAGGACUGGACCAAUAUCCCAAACAAAGGAGCCGACAGUAAAGAGUGCUAAUGGUAAUGGAAAUAUUAAUGCUGAUGGUCAUGUGUCGAGGAAACUUAGCAACCAAGAGGCAAGCACUGGACCAAUAUCCCAAAAAAAGGAGCCAACAAUUCAGAGUGCUAAUGAUAAUGGAAAGAUUAAUGCUGAUUGUGAACUGUCGGGGAUAAUUAGCCAUCAAGAGGCAGGCACCGGACCCAUAUCCCAAACAAAGGAGCCAGAAGUUCGCGGUGCUAAUGAUAAUACAAACAUUAACGCUGAUUGUGAGGUGUCAAAGAGAAUUAGCCACCAAGAGGCAGGCACUGGACACAUAUCCCAAACAAAGGAGCCAGAAGUUUGCGGUGCUAAUGAUAAUGCAAACAUUAAUGCUGAUUGUGAGGUGUCGAAGAGAAUUAGCCACCAAGAGGCAGGCACCGGACACAUAUCCCAAACAAAGGAGCCAGAAGUUUGCGGUGCUAAUGAUAAUGCAAACAUUAAUGCUGAUUGUGAGGUGUCGAAGAGAAUUAGCCACCAUGAGGCAGGCUCCGGACACAUAUCCCAAACAAAGGAGCCAGUAGUUCAUAGUGCUAAUGAUAAUGCAAAUAUUACAGCUGAUCGUGAGGUGUCAAGGAGCAUUAGCCACCAAGAGGCAGGCAUGGGACCAAUAUCCCAAACAAAGGAGCCAGAAGUUCAUUGUGCUAAUAAAAAUGCAAGCAAUAAUGCUGAUUUUCAGGUGUCAACAAAACUUAGCAAUCAAGAAGCAAGCACCGGACUGAUAUCCCAAAGAAAGGAGCCGGAAUUUCAUUUUACUAAUGAUAGUGCAAGCAUAAAUGCUGAUUGUGAGGCCUCGAGGAUAAUUAGCCACCAAGAGGCAGGCACUGGACCUAUAUCCCAAACGAAGGAGCCAAAACCAAGUUGUGCUAAUGAUAGUGCAAGUUCUAAAGCUGAUUGUGAGGUAUUGAGGAUAGUUAGCCCCCAAGAGGCAGGCACCGGACCCAUAUCCCAAACAAAGGAGCCAAAAGUUCAUUUUGCUAACGAUAAUGCAAGCAUUAAGGCUGACUGUCAGGUAUUGAGGGCAAAUAGCCACCAAGAUGCAAGCACCAGACCCAUAUCCCAAUCAAAAGAGCCAACAAGUCACGGCGUUUCGGCGUUUGCACCUUUUCCAAGGGAAGCAGCAGCCAUCCCUCCUGGAAAACCUUCCGUUGCUCCGCCACACGGUAAAUCUGAUGUAAGAGGGGCACCAGCAGGAUCCAAUUCCCAACCUCUUGUUUCUGCUACCCCUUCAUCGGGUAGUUCAAAGGGUCUCAGAAAUUUGCAUUGGGAAGAGAGGUUUCAUCAACUGCAGUUGCUAUUGAGAAAAUUGGACCAAUCAGACCACGAGGAUUAUCUCAAGAUGCUGCGGUCUCUCUCCUCUGUUGAACUAAGCAGACAUGCCGUUGAGUUGGAAAAGAGAUCAAUUCAGCUUUCACUGGAGGAAGCAAAAGAGUUGAAGCGAGUUGGGGUUUUGAAUGUUCUGGGAAAACCUGUGAAGCCUUUUAAAGUACCCUCAACUCUUCAAGACAAAUCUGAGAAGUAAACAAACACAAGGAACGAGGGGGUAAUUGUGAUAAUCAGUAAAUCGCCGCUGGGUGAAAGCGUGCGUACUAGUUUCUUUUCCACCGGUUCCAUCUUGUGCAGUUGUCAAUUCUCCGGAUGGUUUGUUGGUAUUUGCUGCAUGUCUGUAAUAUUUCACUUCUAAAUCUGCAGUAUCUGUUGAAAAGUAGCUGUAGCCAGCGCUGCUGGAAGUAUUGAUAUGUAACUGUUGAAAAGUAAAUAGAAAAAGAAAUCUGUUAAUUGCUUUGC